AUUAAUUAUACUCCACAAAUAAUAUCCACUUUAAUUAAAUUGCCACGAUAUACCAUGGUAAAACAUGGUGAUACAUAUAUUAUCGUGGUAGGUAAGAUUAGAAGGUCAGUAAUAACAUUUGGAACAUACCAAAUAUCAUACAUAGUUUAUCACUUUUUGGUAGGCGACUUCUAAUUAGUGUAUCAUGGAUGGUUGUAAAUGAUUUUGGUUUUACCGUAAGUGUUAGGAGCCUUGUAUUAAGCUCAAAAAAUUUCAAAUUUGAAGGCUCCAAGCACCCUCGUUGCUUAAAUGGUAUCCCCCUUCUUUGAAUCGUUACUUCUUGAUUGUUUGUGUUCAAGAUGAUGAAGAGAGCGUUGUACCACGGAUAAAGCAACUUAAGGGUGAUUGAGGACUAAUGAGGUAGAUUGUAUUUGUGCGUACCACUUGGACUCGUAGGUUUGGUAGGAUGAAAGUAGCUCAAUUCUAAUGUCUUUCUGACAACCAUCUUAUAAAAACUCAAAAUGGGUUGUAGCCAAGUUUCGUGUGAGGCUACCUAUUAACAUGGUUAAUGAUAAGGGCAUGUGUAAGUUCCCCAACUCAGGCAUGCUACGUAGUUGGUCGAAGUUUGGGUAACACGUACACAUGGUUCUUCUCGAGGGGUGUUGUGCACAAUGUAACACUUUCAGGUACGAUUCGAAGUCGGCCAAAGGUCAAACCUUCUGCACCCACCCUUCUUAACUGGAAUGUCAUGUUUGAGCCUUGAGGGUGAUGUGCAUAGUAGCCCAACUAAGGUACAGUUCGAUAUUUUCUAAAGGUCGGUAAACCCCUAUAUAUUGCCACUAGACGGCAUGUAGUAUAUGUGGGUGAAGAAAAGACAAUGUAUAGAAAUCCCCACUUGCUCGGGUUUUUUCUUACUACAACCCCUUAAAACAUUGAGUGUUGUUGAGAAGAGACAAAGAAAAUCAUGAGAGCGGUCGGUCCACCUUUCUAGGUUCUAGAGCAAGUGGUCACCUUGAGUUUAGCAUGUCCUCACUUGAGUGCAAUGCACUUGUAACUUUCCAGUGAGAUUAAACAUACCAAAUAAAGAGUUUUUGUAUCGUAAGUUGCUAAUGACAAACUCCUGACAAGUCAUUUUGAAUAUGAGGGGAACGAAGUUGUCUAAUUGAGAAUAUAUCUUUGCUUGGAGACAAUAAAAUCUUUACAUGUGGGGAGAUAGGAUACAUUCAUAAUCUUUAUGUUUGAGCCAUCCACCUUAUAAACUUCCUUCUCUUUGGCAUUUUCAUGAUAUGUUGUGCUUCUUUCUCAUAUAUCUUUGGCAUUACUGGAGGGGUUAUUUGAUUGAUUAUACUAAAAAAAAAAGCAUGUUUCUACUUGAAUUAAAUAAUUCGGUCUAUUUAUCUUAUUAUUCUAUUUAUCUUUUUUGCCGAACAAUGGACCCCAUUGAAUUAAAGAUGUCAUGUUACAUAUCCUUGAUGCUAGCCAUUGAUAAUAAUUUAAUCGGUUAUGAAGCACAAAUUAAUGAGAAACCCGCUAAUUUAAGAGAGAGAUUAAUUUAAUUCAAACUUAGUCGGAUGACAUCUCUGUCUCAUAGUUGUAUUCAAAUAUAAACAAUAAUACCAAGUCUUGCAUUAAGAAUGAAACUAAAAAAUUAUCAAACUAUCUAGCUCAUCCCAAUUAUGCUAUAUGGGACACCAAUCAAACAACAUUCUCCAACUUCCUUCAUUGAUCAACUCCCUUUCAACAAUGAAGGAGCUCAUCCCAAACACUCUUCAUCCAUUGUCCACAACCUGACACAUUUUCAUUCACAGUUGUCCCAUUUCUCUCAACCCCCUCUUCAUCCAACUCCAACAUUCUACUAUCAAAAUAGUGUCGAAGAAGUAUCGUGAUGGCAGAGGCACCAAGGAUGUAAUAUGAGUAGGGAGUCCUAGGAUUGAACUUUUUCAACUGAAGAGAAGAAUGAGAAUGGUAGGUCAUUUGGUUAUUGAUCAGGCGGACCGUAUAGGUUAUCAGUGAAGCGUUCAGACAAUUGACCACAUUAAAAUCAGUUGAUGGUCGAAGGGCCUAUAAGGCCACUGCUAGGAUAAUAAUGGGUAGAAACAGAAAGAUGCAAUAGUUGAAAGUAGAUUCAUCCAACAAAAUAUAGGAAAACUAAUUAUUACUCCCACAAAAACCCUACAGACCAAUGCAUCCAUAUCUUAUCCUAAACAAGUUUGUUCUCCUAAAUCUUGGAACCCUGUAGAAAAAUGACCAAUGACAGCGGCUACCACAACAACAAUAGGAAUUCAGAACACAUAAUAAUGAAAUUGUUUGAAAAUCCUAGAGUGACUGAAUAUCCAAAAUGGCCUACAAAGCCGAGCAUAGAUAUCGAAAACCAUAAAGACGUGUAUGAAAAUUAAGCAAUCCCUCCGGCUAAUCAAAAAUCAAAUCAGCUGCAAUCCCCAUUGUGAUCAUGACUUGGCACAGUUCAAUCCAAGAACUGCCUAUCCAUACAUCAUACUUGGUGGCUCCGCCAUCACCACGCUCCUCCGGCACUACUUUAAUAGUAGGGCACUCGAGGCCGAAGAGGAGGGAGCUGAGAGAGACGAGGCUGCUGCGAAUGAGAGGACAGCCAACGAGGAGGGGAGAGGCGUGCCGGAAGGUGUUUAAUUGGCCGGUCAGAUAGCAUUGUUAGGAUCUGCUAUGUAGUUUGGUUAUUCUGAACUUCAUUUCUUAAUGUUGUGUUUUUAUGUAAGAGAUGUUAUGACACUUGGUUUGUAUUAAAUUAACUUCAUUUCUUAACCUUCUUGCAUUUUUCCAAGUAAGCGAUUGUUGAUGUGAAUAAGUUAAUUCGUUGAAGCCACCAAGCUGACGAAUGAGUACUUGGUACUAGGGGUGGGCAAUGAUUCGAUUCUCAUCGGACCGAAUCAACACUCGCACCGAAUCGAAUCGAACUGUUCAUCUUUCGAUUCGACUUUGAUUUUUGGAUUUGAGAGAUGGAAGAUGGAUUGAAAAUGAAGAUGGAAGAUUGAGACAAUUAGUUAGACUAUAUUGGAGAUUGAAUAAAAGACUAUCUUUGAUUUUUAGACAGUAUCUCGUUCUCAAUUGAGUUUUUGUUGAAUGUUUUGGAACAUGUGGUUUUUAUGAAUUGUGAAGUAUUUAAAUUGGGAUAAUUUGAUGACUUUGCUUCGUAGUUAUUUUUAUUUAGUAUUUUGUGUUGUUCUUUAAGAGUAAUUUUAUUAGAUUUGUACAAUUAGUUGGUCUGAUGGGAUGGUCCAUACCGAAUCGAACCAUCCAUGGUCUGAUCCAGAUCGAAUCGCAGAAAUAACAAUUCAACUUUGAUCCUUGAUUUAGAAGAAAUUUUGGUCCUACCCGAGAAUAUUUUGGUCCGGUCUUGGGCCGGAUCGACCGAUGCCCACCCCUAGCACCGGCUCAUCUUCUCCUCCUAUAGUUGGUACAGCAGGUGGAACACUUGAUAAAUAAGGCGCCACCAAACAAUUAAUAAAUAUUUUUUAUACCCAAUUUGUCCUUAAUAAUCAUGGUGACUACUAUUUUAUUGUAAUCACUAUAAGCGCUUCCUAUGAAUGAAAGAAGUGGCAAUUCGGGAAAACAAACCUACUUUUCUUAAAAUAAUAUACUAGUCUGCAGUCUCUGCAUAUUGAAUAUUUUAUAGUCUACUAGUGAUGUGUUGUGCGUCAUUUACACGUAAAGCCCGUCAAAGUAAUUUUUUUAUCGGAUGAAUUUUUUUUUUAUUAUUUCUUUUCAUUAACGGUGUACGUCUCCGUUUUACUACUUAGUGGGUAUCAUUAUCUUUUCUAAACCACAUCAAACUAUCAUAUUAAAUUGCAAAGUAGCAUGACAAUAGAAAUGCAAUUGUAGUUUUAAUUGCAUUGAUGGAAGUGUGCAAUUUCAUUUGCAAUACCCAUGCAGGCUUUCAUCACUUUUAUUGGGGUUCUUUAUUAAAAAAAAUAAGUUGGAUUAACAUAUGAAAUUGUAAACUAUUCAUUGAUUUAGAUGAAUGAAAAUAGUGUGAGUUGGAUGACAAAAAAGUUGAGUUGGCAAUAAAGAGCACAAAUGCAAUUACACAAACACUUGCAUUGAUGUGGAUGAUCUAAUUAUUUAAGAAAGAAAUUUAUUUUUUCGUUUUCUACUUCUUUCUUUUUGUUUAGUCCUCUUUCCCUUCAUCUUCCUUACUCUCUUUCUCCCAUGAGAACAGUUCUUCUUCCAUCACCGUCCCUUUCGUUGUUUCUUCACUAGAGAGAAGGCAUCACUCUCGUGUUAAAGAGAGAAAGCAACAUUGCUAGAGAGAUCCAGAGAGAGGAAACUCUAGAUUGACAUCAUCGUCAGAGUGAGAUACGGUGAUUGGAGAGAUAGAUAAAUCUAUUAAUCGAUGGAGGUCCUAAAAUUUUCUACGAAAUUAUUUUCUUCCCCACUUAUUUGCUUUUUUGUUUCCCCUUCUUUUAAUCGUUUCUUAUCUCUGCUUCUCCGAAUUUCUUUCCGUCUCAUAUCUAUGAUUGCUUCCUAUCCCUUUCUUUGUUUCAUUAGAUGACAACCAAUUCACGGAGGUCGGGUUGCAGUAAAUCCCUCUUGCAAUGUGACUAUCUGAACCCCUAGUGGCACUAAAGAAACGUGCAUUUAGGCC